AUGAGUCGCCGGUAUCGAGAGGAACUAAAUGACUCUGAAGAAAGAAUUAAAAAACUUGAAAAUCAGUUACAGCAAGGUGACUCAGGAGUAACAGUAACUGAUGAGUCUAAAAUCUGUGACUUGCAAAAAACGAUUCGGGUUCUACAAACUGAAAAACUAGAGUCUGCCAGGAAGAUCGAAGAACUUGAGGAUCAACUAAAAGAUAUAAAUGAACAAUUAUCUUUGGCACAAAAUGACACAGAGGUCUUGAAGAGAGAAAAAGAGCAGCUCAGUGUGGAAAAGCAACAAAUACUGGAACAGUGUGAAACCCUGAAGCUGGAAAGCAGUCAAUUGCAGCCUUCUGUGAUGGAGCAGAAAGAGGAGGAAAUUGGGAAUUUAUGGAAAACCAGUGAACAAAUAAAAGCCCAGUUGCAGGAAGACACACACAACACUCCAGCAGACAAUUCUGAUAGUUUUCAAAAAACAAAAGUUAAAAGUCUUCAUAUAGAAAACGGAAGUGAAAAACACGACCUGCGUAACCAUGAAACUGUAAAAGGAGAGAAAGGAAUCCAACAACAGGAACUUGAAAUUCAACUUGUAAAUGAAAAGACUAGGAUUUUAACCAACCAGAUUGAUCAGCUGUCUGAAGAUGAAGUUGGUCAACUCACUCAAGCUAUCCCGCAACAAGCUCUUCAGGCUAAAACUUAUUCAGGAAAACUUGAUAUGAUUCCACCCCAGCCCUUGGCUGCGUCAUCACAUACCUCCCAGUCAGCAGAGGUCCAAGAGCUGAGACAAUCACUGCAAGAAAAAGAGGCCACCAUUUGGAUGCUCCAGGAAAAUAACCACAGGUUGACUGAUGCAAUUGCUGCCACCACAGACAGAGAAAACAAAGAACAUGAAGAAAUGGAUUCUGAAAUUAAACAGCUAAAGGAUAAACAAGAUGUGUUAAAAACUUUACUGAAGGAGAAAGACCUCUUCAUCCAAGCCAAAAGUGAUCAGUUACUUUCUUCCAUUGAAAAGCUCACUGACAAAGUGAAUGAAAACGAGUUGUUGAGGCAAGCAAUAACCAACCUAAAAGAGAGGAUAUUAAUUUUAGAAAUGGUCAUUUCUCAACUCAAAGGGGAAAAUGAAAACAUGAUAGAAACAUCCCAAGAAAAGGAAAUGGAGUAUCAAGCAUUACAAGAGACCAACAUGAAGUUCUCUGUGAUCCUGCUAGAACAAGUGUACGAGUGCCAGUCCAUGAAGGGGCAAGCUCUUGCCUUUGAGCAGCUGUUACUAGAAAAAGAAGAUGGCAAGGCUGGGGACUUAAGUCCUUUAAAAGCACUUGAAUCCAUGCAGGAGAAGACCAUCCUAUUUCAGCAAGAGAGAGACCAAGUCACCUUGUCUCUAAAGCACCAACAGAUGGCAAACCAGACCUUAGAGCAAGAGGUUCAACACUUACGUGACAAAGAAUUACACUUAAAGCAGGAGGUACAAAGCCUGAGGAGCCAUCUUCUAGAAUCAGAAGAUUCUUACAGCUGGGAAAUUUGGGCUGCAGAGAAGAGAGAGAUGAACCUGAGAGAGAAAGUCACACUAUUGGAGGAAAAGCUGCUCUCCUCUUAUAAUGCAAGUCACCAAGCCAGUGUGCAGGUAGAGUCCCUGCAGAAACAGGUGCGUUUCCUCUCCCAAGAGAGGGAUGAGAAGGCACUGCAGCUUUCACUCUACCAGGAACAAGGAAAGCAGUAUGCCAUGUCACUUACUAACCUGCAAAAGGUUCUAGAGCAUUCCCAACAAGAAGAAAAAGCUAUGUAUUCCAUUGAAUUAGAAGAGGAAAGACAACGUACAACCGAAUGGAAGGAAAAGGCAGAAAAUCUAGAAAGAGAAGCAUUGUUAUUACAAGAACGCUUGGAUGAAGCCAACCUUGUGUUGGAUUCAGCAACCAGACUUACACAACAGUUCCAUCGAAAGGAAGAACAGAUUGAACAAAGUGAGCUUCCACGAGAAAUACUGGAUGAUGCACCAAAGAAAUGAAUGAACUCGGAAAAUGGCACAGAAGGAAAAGUGGACAAAGCCCUAAUGAGAAACCUGCUCAUUGGGCAUUUCCAGACACUGAAAAAUCAGUGUCCCAAAGUGUUAAGGUUAAUGGGAAGCAUCCUGGGCACUCAAAAGGAGGAAAUGGAGCAGUUGCUGAGUGGAGAUGAUGGUGGUGUUACUAAGUGGAUGAUGGGAUGGCUUGCAGGAGGAUCCCAAUGUGUCCCCAACACACCUUUGACACCAAAUGAGCAACCUGGGCUUAAUAGUUCUUUUUAAAAACUUUUUGUCCAAUUUCUGGAAACAGAAUCUCAUUCAUCCAUUCCAUCACCAAAACUUUCUGCUCGUGCCAUGAAGUGUCUAGACUCCAGAGGAAGGAGAAAGGAACGUGCCAAUGUACCAAGAAGUGUGACAGAUGCAGCAGAAUUCAGAGCUGGUAAAAGAGAGGCUGUGAAUCCAUUCUUGGCACCGCGUUCUGCGGCUGUGCCACUGAUUAGCCUAGAUGGACUUGGAACUGGUGGACCUGGGAAUCUCCUUUUGAAUCCCAUCGCAGACUUCAUGCCUACCUUUACACCACUGCCAGUGUCACCAGACAAUAGCGCGAGGGUUGUACUAAAGGACCUUUGAAAGCAAUUCAAACUGAUUCUCAAGCCAGGGAUGAGUUAG